CCGACGGCACCGACGGGAGCCGGAACCGGCAGGGACGGAGGGCUCCGCAGUGGGGACGGGGAAGGGAGUCGGGGUUUGUUCGCCGGGAGUGAUAGCGGGACUGGGGCAACCGUCUAGGAUAAGGGGUGCCCGGAGAAAGGGGAGCGCUCUGCCGUGCGGGAUGCCCGGGGAGAGGGGAGCGCUGUGCCAUGCGGGAUGCCCGGGGAGAGGGGAGCGCUCUGCCGUGCGGGAUGCCUGGGGAGGGGAGCGCUCUGCCGUGCGGGAUGCCCGGGGAGAGGGGAGCGCUCUGCCGUGCGGGAUGCCAGGGGAGAAGGGAGCGCUCUGCCGUGCGGGAUGCCCGGGGAGAGGAGCGCUCUGCCGUGCGGGAUGCCCGGGGAGGGGAGCGCUCUGCCGUGCGGGAUGCCCGGGGAGAGGGGAGCGCUCUGCCGUGCGGGAUGCCAGGGGAGAAGGGAGCGCUCUGCCGUGCGGGAUGCCAGGGGAGAAGGGAGCGCUCUGCCGUGCGGGAUGCCCGGGGAGAGGGGAGCGCUCUGCUGUGCGGGAUGCCCGGGGCUGCUCCCUGGGUGAGCACUGCCGAGACUCGGGGUCUGUCCGCACUCAGCCACGCCAGGAUGGAGUGGUGCCGAGUGCGGUGACGGAUGGCCAGAACUGGGAUAAAUGAUAAGGAGGUCGUGGGAGGGAAAGCAGCGCCAGGUGAUGAGAGGUGACAGGGCUUGGGGUCCCUCUGGGAUAAAUGGUACCGGACGCGGCAUCUCCAGGAGCUGCGGGCUGGUCUGGAUUCAGUGGUAUCCCCCCAGAGCCUGGGGGUGUCUCUGCGGCCUGUGACCGAGACCAGCAGUGCGGGGGCGGGAUGUGCUGCGCCGUCAGCCUCUGGAUCCGCAGCCUGAGGAUGUGCACCCCCAUGGGAAACCUGGGAGACGAGUGCCACCCCUUGAGUCACAGAGUGCCCUUCUCCGGGCGGCGGAUGCACCACACCUGCCCGUGCCUGCCGGGCCUGGCCUGCCUCAGGACUGCUCCCAGCAGAUUCAGGUGCUUGCCAGACUUCAGAAAAGAAGAUGUCUUUUUUUAGCAGGAACUGUUCUGCACUAGAAAGAGCCGCUCAGUAUUUUCGUUCUCUCCUUGUUGUGACAAAAAGAAAGGGUUACUGGCCAGGGGAAACCCUGCAGCACUUUCCUGCCUCGCCAACAUCAGCUGGAGACGAGACGCUGCUGUUGUGGCCAAAGUUUUCAGGAGGGACUUGCAGUGGAGAAUGGAUGAUUUCAUUUUGGGGUGGCCAAACAACAUCUGCUAAAGCAAAACUCAUUUUGAUGGCAGGGGCUUGACCGUUCCUGAAUCAUUUUCUGGGCUUCAUGGUUCUAGUUUAACCCCAGAAUGAAAAAAAUCCAAGUUUAUUGCCAGUUUUGGAAAAAUUUGGCCACAUUGUUACACUUUGGAAGACCUGAAUUGAACUGAGAGUUGGAUAACUGCAUAGUGUGAAGCAUAUGACAAUUGACAAAAGAACUGUAUUUGCAUUGCAUUUAAUAUCUUUAUUAAUAUAAUUUUAUUUGUAAGUUAGGCACACCUCUAAGGUAAAGGUUUAACCAAUUGAUGUAGUUUUUACCCUUUUAAAAAGUGGCAGGUGGAAACAAAACAUUUCAGGAUUCAGAGCAUUAAAAGAUUUACUUAUUUUAGUGUUCUAAGAUGAGAAGUUGUUGUUACUUGAAUUGGUGUAAAACUACCUGAUCAUCUCAAACUAUGUAUUAAGAUGUAGUUUAUAUUAAAGAAAAAAGGAACCCUGAAGUUUAUUUUAAUAGGCU